AGGAGAUCCAUGUGGGGCGCUAACGAAGCUGUGGAUAUGGCUGCCAUGCAGUUAUGCUUGCGUCACAUGUUGCUCUAGGAGGUUUCCAUGCACGGUUGGAUUUUAGUGGGCGCUUUUUCUCUUUUUUUUUCCUCUUUUUUCUUUUUCUUUUUUUCUUCCUUCCUUCCCUUUCGCAACUAUCUAACUGGCUAGCUACCUCACUAGAUCGCAACGGGGUGAAGAAAACUAAUGCAAUGGAACUAGCCGUUUGGGGACAUUCCGGCCAAGUAUGUAAUGUAGGUACAUAUGUAAUGUCCACCAUAAUAAUAUUUCCCUGCCCCUCCCCCCUCCAGCAAGCAAAGCACAAAAACCUCCUCCAUCCGUCACGAGAAAACUAUCGUGGACGAUCCCGGCUAGGAAUUUAGUAGCGGCAGCCCUCUUUUUUCCUUUUUUUUUUUUUUUUUUUCUU